UAGCAAUCAACUAAGUCAGAUAAAAUUUCAUGUUUUACUCGCACACACACACAUACCAAAAAAAAAACCUGUUUAGAAUAUUUUGCUUUCUAUGUUUUUUGAAAGGAUUCUUAUUUAUUUGUAUAUAUCGAAAAAAGAAAUGCUUGUGUUUGGAUCGAAUUCUAUUGAAUUUGAAUUAUUUUUUUUGGCUUGAUUUUAUAUCCAUUCACCAUCAUCAUCAUCGUAUGAAAAUGUCAACGUUUAUCAUGUUUCGUGUUAUUUAUUUAAUAAUUAUCAUCAUAGAUUUUAUUAAUUGUAAACAUCAUUUAUUAAAUAAACAAAAAUCUAAUUGUAAUGAUCAAAAUCUAUUGAAAUUCGAUCGAAAUAUUAUGAAAAUAAUGACCAUAGGUAAAAUGGGACGAAAAUUUCCAGCCAAUAUUGAUGAAGUACGAUCAUAUUGUCGUGAAACAACUGAAAUGACCAGAUAUGUGGAAAAAGUUACAAAUGAAUGUUUUUCAAUUGAAAAUGGUAAUAUUGCUAAAUUGUUUAUAUUUGGUUUGAAACGUAUGACUAGACAAAUGUGUUCAAAACGUAAAAAUCGUCGUUUAACAUUGAUGUUGGCAAAUGCUGCCUGUCAUAAUCGAAUCGUUUCCAAUGAUAAAUGUUUAGCUAUUGUAACUAAUCAAACAAAAAAUUUAAUACCAUUAAAUAUUGGUAAAGAUAAAAUAAAUUUUAUGUGUUGCUAUUAUGUAGAAAUGUUACGAUGUGAAGAACGUUUCUAUAGUCAAUUACCGUGUUCACAACAGGAAGGUCGUAAUGCAUGGAUUGAUUUAAUACGUUCAAUGAAUGAAGAUUCAUUAAAUUUUGCUUGUGGUGAUUAUAAUGAACAAACGGAUCGUUGUGAUACAAUCAAUGAACCAGAUUUUAAUCGUCGAAAUGCAUCAAUUAAAAUAGAUAAACGAUUUAAUUCAUUCAUGAUUGCAGCAUUAGAAUUAUUCGAUUCAUUAGCCUGAGAUUGGAUUUUUUUUUUCUUGUCCAAAAAAAACGAAUAAAUUUUUUUUUCACACAUCCCAAUUAUUGAUAAUAAACUUGUUUGAAUGCAAUAAUGGAAUUUCGAAAUCAAAAAAAAAAAAAAUUGGCAAUUUUAAAAGGAAAAAACCGGAUCUUUGAUAAUAAAUAUUUACUUUGCGUUUAA